AGCUCCCAGGCCUUCUCCAAAUUCCUACCGCACAGGCUCAGAUCCCCAUGCCCGGAGGAGGUGGCUACAUUGUGUCUAUUGUAUCUCUGGGCUUGUGUGUUUGUACAUUUCACAGGACGUGAAAUUGAGAGUGAAAAGCAUGGCAGAUGAGCAAGAAAUCAUGUGCAAAUUGGAAAGCAUUAAAGAGAUCAGGAACAAGACCCUGCAGAUGGAGAAGAUUAAGACCCGUUUGAAGGCAGAGUUUGAGGCCCUUGAAUCAGAAGAGAGGCACUUGAAGGAAUACAAGCAAGAGAUGGACCUCCUGCUGCAGGAGAAGAUGGCCCAUGUGGAAGAACUCCGACUGAUCCAUGCUGAUAUCAAUGUGAUGGAAAACACCAUCAAACAGUCUGAGAAUGACCUAAACAAGCUGCUAGAGUCUACCCGGCGGCUACAUGAUGAGUAUAAACCGCUGAAGGAACAUGUGGAUGCUCUGCGCAUGACUCUGGGCCUGCAGAGACUCCCUGACCUAUGUGAAGAGGAGGAGAAGCUCUCCUUGGACUACUUUGAGAAGCAGAAAGCAGAGUGGCAGACAGAGCCUCAGGAGCCCCCCAUCCCUGAAUCCUUGGCCGCUGCAGCCGCUGCCGCCCAACAACUCCAAGUGGCUAGGAAGCAGGACACGCGGCAGACAGCCACUUUCAGGCAGCAGCCUCCACCUAUGAAGGCCUGCUUGUCAUGUCAUCAGCAAAUUCACCGGAAUGCACCUAUAUGCCCUCUGUGCAAAGCCAAGAGUCGGUCCCGGAACCCCAAAAAGCCGAAGCGGAAGCAGGAUGAAUGAAGAGAGGGAGAACACAUAGAGCUCUGCUGUUCAUAACCCUUUCCCUUGGCCAGAGCGAUUGAUGUCUUGAUGUGAAACACCCUUUCCCCACCUCUAUGAAGUCUCCUACUUAAUGUGAUGGAAGCACAACCAUUCUCUCACUUUGCUCUUACUUCUUUCUGCUCUUGGGGUUUCUGGUUUAGGAAGAGAUGUAGUUCAGGUUCUAAUGUCAGUGUAUCUGGAGAUCCCAUCUCUGUCACCUACAUUUCAAUCCCUGCCCUUGUUUGUAGCUAAGGGAAGGGUGGUGGAAGGUCCAGAUGUGAUUCUGUCUCUUAUGCCUGAGGCCUGGGGCUUACAUUCUGAGGGCUGGGGAUGCCCAUAUCCUCUUUCAGGUGAAGGCUCCAGGGUGCCCCCUCCCUGUACUUUUGCCUUAGGCUCUGAAGGAACAAUAGUCUUCUUGCUGGACUUUCCUAUAGGCAUGUACAUAUACCUCCCCUACCCCUACCUUCAUCUUAUCCUCAAGACCCAGAGGUACCUUGGACAAGCUCUCUUUUUCAUAUUCAUUUGAGAGGCCUGGCUAUGAUUAUUGAAUUCACCACCCCACCCCCUUGCAGUCUCCCAGAUAUGUUGAAGUUCUCAGGUACCACGUUGUGUCUGGGGAUCCUGAAAUUUGUGGGCUUUUCCCCCAUAACCCUAGUUUUUAUAAAUCAAUAGUAGAAGUUCCUCACAGUGAAAUCAGGUGGCCAGACCCACUCUAUAAGUCCUGCUUAACUCGUUGCCUGUCAUUGGUCUGAGGAUUCUACUAUAGGGGCUGACUUAGGCUGGAGAGGCCCCAGGCUGACAUUUGUGUUGCCUUUUAUUCAAAACCAUUACUCUGGCACUUAGUCAAAUGGUAUAUCUUGGAGAUCAGAGGAGUGGAUUGAGAUUCAAAUGAAUGCCGAUCACGUUACACAGGUAGGUAUGUGGAACUUCUACUACAGUCAUCCCUCCAUCUCUUGGGUCUUCCCUCUUCUCUAAGGCAGCCUCAGCUCAGGUCAGCUUUUGGCCAAGCCCUUUCCUGUGGAUUGUGGAGGUGACUUUCCCUCUCAAAAGAAAAGGCACCAGGCUCCCCAAACCCUACAGCUAGUCCUUCCACCAAAGCCAGAUCUCUAGUUAAGUCAUUUUCAAACUUAAGGGAUGGGGAUGGGGACUAACUGACUGAAAAACUUUUAGCUCCAGAUAUCAGUCCCAGGCUGGGGAGGGGGGAUAUUUUUCCUUCGUUUCUUAACUGUAGUUUUAAGUUGCCCGAGUGUCUGUGUGUUCAUAGUAUAUAAAAGGUUCCUCUGCUCUUUGAAAGUAAGAGCAUUAUGUCUCUACAAAUUCUUUUAAAUAAACAUUUGUUGGUUGGAGUAAA